UUUACUAACAAUCGAACAACAAUUAACAACAAUAAUAAUCUCCGUAAUCCGUUUAAACGCCGCCAUGUCGAGAAGGUACACGAAGCUGCGGAAGAAACUCAGGGAACUCGAAACGGGAGUGGUGGAGUUGCUCACACUCCCGCCGGAGUCGCCGCACCGCCACAGCCUCUCGGACGGCGUGGAGGAGCGCCUAGACUCACUGAAGGCGCUCCUCUCAUCGGAGAUGUCAUCGUCGUCGGACGUGAAUCCGGACCACCUGCUGCAAAUCGCUGAGAUUCUCUCGGAAUUGGACAUCGCAUUCAGAUGCGCGGCGGCGACGGGAGACGGCCAUGAGUGUUCGAGCCCGAGCGGCGGCGGCAGCAAUGCGGGGCAGAUCGAUAUGGCGGAUUUGGGUUUUAAGGUCUAUGACGUUCCCGAGGAGUUGACCGAUGAUUAUGCCGGAGAGGAAUCAAAAGGAAAAGAAGAAGACUACGAGGAACGGCGGCGGGAUUGGCCAUCAAUUAACGGCGUCAAAGAAGAAGGCGGUGAGGAACGGCAGCGUGAUUGGCGAUUAAUUAACGGCGUUAAAGAAGAAGGCGAUGAGGGAUGGCGGCGUGAUGGGCGAUUAAUUCACGCCGUCAAAGAAGAAGGCGAUGAGGAACGACGUCGCAUAUUUGCAGCGGUUAACGGUAUCAAAGAAGAGUCGGCGAUGGUGUGGACUCACACAGGCAAUAACAUUUAUAAAGUGUGGGGUACGGGAGUGGUUAUUGGAGCGUUUUCAAUGGCUGUUUUCAUGACAAAAUUUUCUGCUUGUUUUUACGUUAUUGACUUCUUAGGACCCUUAACUCCUACAUAAUUAGCAUAUUAUGUGAUCGUUUACUUAGCAAAUUAAGUUUCAGUUUUAGAGAAACUGUAUAGUAGUAUGUGAUCAUAUGUACUUUUUUGAAAUCUCAAUCCAAAGCCUAGUUAGCUUUUUUCCGUUUUAAACGCGAC